CCUUCCUCAGGUGAGCUUCCGGACUUUCCGCCUCGCGUCUCUUUUCGGGUUUGGUCCCGGAAGUUGACAGCCAUCGUGGUCGCUGUGUUGGCGAGGCGGAGCGAGGAUGGCCGGGCUGGCGGCUCUCCUGCCUGCGGUGCUUUUGUUGGGUCUGGGGGCGCCUCUGGUUCCAGGGCUGAGGCUUCUCCACGAGGCGCAGCACUUCAACUGCUCCCAGCCGGGUCUACUCUGCCUUGUGAGAAAUAGUACUUGCAUGGAUCAGAGCUGGCUCCGCUCUUGGAAAUGGACUCCCUCAGCCCCAAGUUUCAUUAAUGUCCAUGCUGGUACUUACUUUGAUGCAGAGAGGAAACUGAUCCCUGUCCUGAAAACAGAAUGGAAAGUAGCUACUGAUGCAAGCAUUCAGUAUCUUAGAGGGGUAGAACUGACUGUACUACAGGUGAGCAGUAACCAGCAGGUCUGUGUGCAGUUUGACUUCCAGAAUGAUCUAUUCUCUCAAGUCUCUCCAAAUAGUGGACGCCCGUGGAAUUUCUCUUUCAAUCAAUUUGAGGUACAACCAGGUCAGGCAUAUCAAGUAACUGUGCAGCACCUGCCCAAACUAAGUACCCCAGGAGACCAUAACUGGAAAUCCAUGCCAUUCACAGUACCUGACUGUACAGAUGCCCUCAUGAAAACAACAGUGCCUUGUGUGGAAAAAGGCAGUCUGUGGGAACCCAACAUUUUUGUGGAAAACCAGGAUGUUGAUAGUCUGUUGGUGAUCUUUAACCCAGCUGUGGAGUCGACCAGUUAUGUCAUCCAUGUGACCAGUUUUCAAGAUGAAAAGAAAUGCAAAGAGGCCACAAAACGAGUUUCAGAGGAGGGACUGCAGCAGCGAUUGAAUGUCACAGUUGUGCUAGAGAGAAACUUAAGGAGUUGCUGUGAAUACCAAGUGCAGAUACAGCCAUUCUUUGCAGCCUGUGCCACAGAUUGUAGGAGACAUUUGGUUUCCGUCCCAUGUCCCACGCUUCCCCCAAAAAACGAACUAGAGGACCCAGAUUAUCUUUCAGUGGGGCUGCCCUUAGCCCUCACAGCGAUCUGUAUUUUAUUAGUUGGGUCAGCUGUUGCUUCAACUAUUUGCCUUGCUCGAAGGCAUAAAGGAACAAACUCUGGAGCAAGCAAGAGCGAUGAAGCAAACCAUGAGCUGCUGUCCACACCACCAACUCCUCCGCCACUGAAGCCCCGUAAGGUUUGGAUUGUGUAUUCUGCUGAUCAUAAGCUCUAUGUUGAUGUUGUGAUGAAGUUUGCUCAAUUCAUGAUCACCGUCUGUGGUACUGAAGUAAUUCUAGACCUGUUGAAUGAACGUCAGAUAUCUGAGAUGGGACCCGUUCGCUGGCUUACUCGUCAAAAACAGGAAAUGGAAGCGCUCUCUUCCAAGAUAAUCAUCUUGUGUUCCCGGGGCACUCGAGCCAAGUGGCAGGCCAUGCUUGGUCGUGAUGAGAUGUCCGUGUCUCUCAGGCAAGAUAACCUGCUUCCGAUAGGAGAUAUGUUCACUCCAGCAUUGAAUCUGAUCCUGCCAGACUUUAAGCAGCCAUCUUGCUUUGGCAUGUAUCUUGUUUGUUACUUCGAGGGCAUAAGUAAUGAGAGAGAUAUUCCAGACCCAUUCAACGUCACUUCCAAGUACCAACUGAUGGACAAGUUUGAGGAAGUUUACUUCCUGAUUCAGGAUCUAGAAAAGUUUGAGCCCGGGCGGGUCCAUCAGAUUCUGGAGAUCUCACCUGACAAGUACACUGAGAACCCCAGUGGUAGACAACUGAAGGAGGCACUGCAGACAUUCCAAAAAUGGCAGGCUGAACACCCUGAUUGGUUUAAAAAAGAAAACACCUUCUCUGCAUCUGAGGAUGAUUUGCAGUCCCUGAAUGGGGAGCUCUCUGAAGAAUUAACACCCCUCCAGGGAGGAAUUGUGAAACAGAAGCUGAUUCCACAGGAGCCUAUCCACAAUAGCUGUUUGGUCAACCUCUUGGUCACUGAAGAUGACCUGGGAGCUCAUAGACAGCUGCCCAAGAUUCUUUUAGAGGAUGAUGUAGCAUUCCAGACCCUGGUGCUUCCUGUGGAUGAUACUUCUCAGGUUCAGAUGUUAAUGCCAUAUGAUCUUGCAGAAGAGGGAGAGAUACUUAGCCAUCAUCUGUUGACCAAUGAAGACAGUCUGGAAGAAAUGCCUAUAACAGACACUAACCUCUUAAGGAGGAACAGCGUUAUUCUUCAGGAUGAUGUAUCCUCAAGUCCCCAGCACUUAUCAGCUGAUGUGAGGCAGCAGCUGAGUGGAUUAAUGUACUCUCUCUAUCAGCAAAGCAUUACCCCUUGCGAGCCACCUCUCUGCCAAAAUGAAACCGAUGAGCAACAUGGUCUGGUUUUUGACUCUAGCAAAGAUCAAAGACAAUCAGUGCAAUCAGACCAGGGUUACAUCUCCAGGUGUUCACCUUUGCCUUCUGAUAGCCCUGUGGAAGAGGAAGAGGACGAGGAAGGUGGCCAAGAGAAGGAAGGGCAUGGAUAUAAUGGGUCCCUAUCCCAAGAUGUAUUGGACAGUUUAAAAAGUCUUCAGCAACAACUGCUUUUCCAAGAUAUUCAGCACAGUUUCAGCUAGGAUCUCAUCAGAGGAGUGACUCUCUGGAUCUUUAUUCAGAUCCUGUUCUAUAUUUUGCAACAAAAAUGCAUGUUAUUUGGAAUGCACACAUUUCUGGUAACUGUAUUUCCUUGUUCUUCAUGCUUCUGUGAAGUCUAAUGGGUAGGACUGAUGACAGCUCCCAUUUUGUAGCCAGAUUAAGCUAUCUACUUAUGCAUUCAAGUUAUAAUGUCUAUUAGAGCAUCCUUACACUGUUGUCCUCUAAAUGUAAAAAUUGUAAAUAAUGCUGCAAAUGAACUGAGGCUAUCACUUCUGGUGUGAGAGAAUUGGCCAUCUGCAAGGACAUUGUCCAGGGGACACCCGGAAAUGGUGGACGAGUAUACACAAAUUUUGUUUCAUGCAUGAAGUGAUCAGAACAUAUAGUGCAUAAAAUUACCUUCAGGUAUGUUAUAAGGUGCAUAUGAACCAUAAAUGAAUUUCAUAUUUAGACUUGGGUUCAAUUUCCAAAUACUUCAUUGUCUACAUAUAUGCAAAUACUGGUGGCACAGUGGGUUAAACCACUGAGCUGCUAAACUUGUUGACCGAAAGGUCACAGGUUCAAAUCCGGGGAGUGGCGUGAGCUCCCGCUGUCAGCCCCAGCUUCUGUCAACCUAGCAGUUCGAAAACAUGCAAAUGUGAGUAGAUCUAUAGGUACUGCUCUGGCAGGAAGGUAACGGCGAUCCAUGCAGUCAUGCUAGCCACAUGACCUUGGAGGUGUCUAUGGACAACGCUGGCUCUUCAGCUUAGAAAUGGAGAUGAGCACCAACCCCCCAGAGUCAGACAUGACUAGACUUAAUGUCAGGGGAAAACCUUUACCUUUACUAUGCAAAUGCAGGUAUUUCAAAUUCUGAAAUCCAAAACAUUUUUGGUUUCAAGCACUUCAGAUAAGGGGUACUCAACCUGUUCUUUCUAUUCUUUUUCCUGAAUCUGCCUCUGAUCAAUUUAACAGGUUGGUUUUGAGUUGUUCGGUUAUGAAAUAAAAAGAAAAAAAAAUAUGCACUUCAUGUAUUGCUUGAUAUGUCUGCAUCAUGUUCCUUCAUAGCCUUUCUAUUCUUCAAACACCCCAGCCUUUUUUCACUCAUUGUUGGUUUUUAUUUUUGUUUUUGGUUUUUUAUUUCUUUGUCUUUUUUGUUUUUAGUGUGUCUCUUUCCAGUUUUCAGAUAGACCACAGCUAAACUCAGUAUUACAACUCAGUUGACCAUGUUUUUAUAUCAAGUUGUUAAGUACACUUGUGAGUUUCAUUGUGAGCCCCUUAUUUUCAAUCCUUUAAUAAAUCUUAAUAUGUUUUUCACUCUUA